AGGAUGCCCUAUCAGUUCCUACCAGCCAUGUGCUGCACUGAUAAUGACGAUAGCAAAUGGGCAUGUGCAAUGUGUAGAGGUCCUUUCCAGGAAGACAAGCUUACCUCCCACUUAAUGCAAUGCAGAAGCAAUGUGUUGGUGUUUAUUCACCACUCCCAGCUCUGUCCUGACACUUUCAAUAAGGCAGACAGAAAAAACAUGUUGCAAUCUAUGUUCUGCAAAUCUGCAUGUUUUUAAAACGAGUCAUCCCUAUUCAUGGAGAGCAGAGGGUUAGUCCCCACCUUAUUUGGAUUUUAAAGAGGAGGUGAAGACGAAACCUGCAGAGUUUUUAUCGGAGAGUCAGAUGAGGAAAGGAGUGAUGAACAGAGAUACAGAGCAGAGGUGACAGCACUUUGACGCAGGGACAGCAGGAGGAGGUACAUGUGAAACAUAAAUGCCACAGGACUCCACACUGGAACAGAAACAGCAAGAAUGAGUCAAACUACAAUCGAGCUUCAGCCUCAGCAGUCGGACCACUUAAAGUCACAUCCAGAACCCGAGAGCCGGCUUCAGCCUCCACCUCCGCUGCAGCUGACAGAACCACCUCAGAAUUCCCACCAGCUCCAGCAACAGAACCCAGUCCAGCCUGGGCAACAACUAUUAAACACUAUUGAAACUAUUGAUCAUCAAGAAGAUUCGGUGUGUGUAAAACAUCAGAGACUGUUUGGUCUUCUUCUGGGAUUUUUUAUAGGCACUGCUAUUCUUGGACUGGUCUACUACAUCCACCACGGUCUGCACACAGGGAGCAGAAAUAAUGCAGCACAUGUAGUCCCGUGCCUUUCUUUAGCCUGUGAGUGGGCUGCUGCUCGUCUAUCCAUGUCAACUGAUCCCUUCACCCAGCCCUGUGAUUACUUUGUGUCCACGUGUGGUUCAAAAAGACUCUCACUGAAGAGUGGAGGGAGACAAAAAAGUCACGGUAUACUGGGUCAUUCGCAAAGCAUGAUGUAUAGAUCAGCAGAAAAGGAGAGACAAAACAAAAGAGACCACAGAAAACUGACAGAAGAUACAAAUCUGAGCCGAAAAGCUGUGCUGCUGCAAUAUCUCAGGGGGAUUUUAGAGACCAACCACAGUUCAAGCAGCUCAGCUGUUCAGAAGACUAAAGACUUUUACCGUUCCUGCUUAGACACCAGAUCUUUAGAAGCUGCAGGGGCAGAGCCCUUCCUCAGACUCAUUCAGAAGUUGGGAGGCUGGGCGGUGUCCGGGCAGUGGAAUAAGCUCGAUUUCAACUACACCCUCAGUUUGCUAAUGAGAGAAUAUGGGACGUUUCCAUUCUUCAACCUCUACAUAGGCAAAGACCAGAAUGAAACUGGCAGUGAGAGAACCAAGAGAUACAUUCAGAUUGAUCAGCCAGAUCUUUUGAUCCCAAUUGAAUGGAGCAACAAAACGCAGAAGUCGAGAACUAAAACUGAGACUCUACGUCCCUUCCUGGCAUCCUGUCAGAGCUACCUGGCUUUCCUGGGAUCCCCUCCAUCCAUGAGAAUGCUCCAUGUUGGCACGUUCAUCUCUCUGUCCUCAGAGCUCGCUGUGGCAGCUUCACCUGUGGAGUACCGAAUGUUAAAAGGACAGCUCUAUCAGCGAAUGACCAUAAGAGAGCUACAGAGCAAGGCCCCUGCUAUUGACUGGUUGGGCUGUCUGCAGGCUGCUUUCCAUCCAUUGUCCCUCACUGAAGAUGAUUAUGUCCUCCUACAUAACCUACCUUACAUCAUUCAAAUGUCCCGCAUCAUCAACAAAUGGUUGCACAAGUCUGAAAUGGGCAACAGCAGUACUCUUCACACGUAUAUGGUCCUAAAUCUGCUGCACACUCUUAUGCCCGCCAUGGAUUCCAGAUUUUCUGAAACGGCAAAGAAUCUGUCUUUGGCAUUGGGAAAUACUGAAGAGCAGGAAGUCCCUCGCUGGAAACACUGCGUGCUGGAGACCAAAAGAGGAUUUGACUCUGUUCUCACACAUCUUCUCAGUGAAAGGAAUGCACGUCGAGAGACAGAAGAGAUUAUUGAAAAUGUCUUUUUUGCCUUCAUAUCCAAAAUAUCAGAACUCAAGUGGAAAGAUCAAAAGUCUUUUCAGACUUUCAUCGACAAGGUUUACACUUCACCUCCAAGACUAUGGUCUUCAGAGGAAAUUUCUGAUGAAGAUGAUCUUGAUCUAUUAUUUUCUGAGGUGACAGUCAGUUCCCAGGGCUUCUUCUCCAACUACCUUCAGCUACUGUCCCUUUGGCAGAAAAGGCGCAGUAAACUCUUGGCUGCGCAGACUGAGGCUGCCAAUACUCUGUCUGUCACGCCUUCACUAGUGAGUAAUGGGCUUCUCUUUCCGAUGGGAAUGUUCAUCCCCCCUCUUUUCCAUCCCACGUAUCCAAAGGCCAUGAAUUUUGGUGCAGUGGGUUUCCUUGUUGCCAAAGACAUUUUUCAUCUGUUUGUGCCUGACAGUAAGAAAGUUUAUACUCACAAAGAGACUAUGCAUGCUGUGGGGGAAUGUGUGUGGGCUCACUACCUCAAUGUAACUGAAAAAGCAGGGCGAGUUGGGGCAUCUGUGCUCUCAGCAGAGCAGCAGCAAGAAGUGUGGUUGCAGUACUCUGCACUGCAGGUGGCGCUGCAGGCCUAUCAUCAGAGUCUAAGCCAGAACCCUGCUGACACCUCUGUUUCAGGGAUGCAUCACACUCAGCUGUUUUUGAGAUCUUUCUCUCAGGUGAGCUGUGACACUGACCCAUACAGUGAAUCCAUGCCUUUGGACCCCUCCUUCUUGAUUCCAGUCAUUUGUGCAAAAUCUGAUCUGUGUCCAACAAACUUACAGUGCUCAGUUAAAGCUCAGCAGAACCAAUCAAAAACAUGCUGACCACAGUCUAUAACCGUAAGCUAGACUUAACCCCAAACAUUUUGGGUUCAGUGAUUUUCACAUCACACUAGUGUUAUUAAAACCUUUAUACAAUACAGAUGUACACUUUAGUUUUUGACUAUCCCUCGAUGUUGUUCUAAUAUGAUGGAAAUUGCAGGACUUGCACAAGUUGUUUAGGAUUGGUUUAAAUGAUAAACACUUGAUUUUUUAUUAUAAUUUUUAUUCAGUGGUGGAAGUGUUAACAAAGGAAGCAUAAGCUACCUGUUUAAUGUAAACUGUCUUCUGUAAAUAAUAUCAGUCUCAAAGUAAGACUUUGUUCAAUGCAUUUUAUCCAGGCACAUCUCAGAAAAACAUGAGUGGCAGCAACACUUUGGGCCUCUCACUUUAACACAAAUACAGGGGUUGGACAAUGAAACUGAAACACCAGUCAUUUUAGUGUGGGAGGUUUCAUGGCUAAAUUGGACUAGCCUGGUAGCCAGUCUUCAUUGAUUGCACAUUGCACCAGUAAGAGCAG